CUCACAAAAACAACACCAGCAGCAUUUCUCAUUUGCCGUCUUUUCACUAUGCAGAAAUUACUUCACUGAUCUUUCCUAAUCACUGUUUUGUGGCGACAAAUGUCUUUCACCACCACCACCAGCUCAACCAAACUUCUCCUUCUCACACAUGUCAGUGGUGGUUAUAGUAUUUGUACUACCAGAGGAGUUUCAUAUGUUUGCCCUAAAAAAUCACUGAAAUUGUCAGGUUCUACCAGCAAUUCUUCUACUCUUUGGCAUUAUCAUAAUAAACAACAAGCAUUUUCUUUAGAAGAAGAGCUUCAUUACCAUCACUCCAACUUUAGACCAUUCAGGGUUAAAUGCUCUCAAUCUCAUGAUGUGGGAAAUGUGGAUGUUUCGUCUUCUGGUGAAACCCCAAAUCAAGGUGAUAGACCCAGUGAUAAGUCACUUGCUGAUUUAGAAAACGAAACAGGUAGUUCGAGAAGUUCAUUGUUGGCAAAAUUAGCAAUUGCACUUGGAGUGGCUGCAACAGUCACAUUAAUAUUGGUUGGACUCAAAUGGCCUAUGCAAGGAUCUCCUCUUGGAGUUCCAACUGGAUUUGAUGCUUCAUCAGCUUCAGCUCCAUCUGUUCCACUUGCUGGUUUCACUUUCAAAGUUUUUGGGUACCAAUUUACUCUUCCACAAUAUGCCCCAGGAUGGGUCUAUUUUUGGUUGCUCAUGGCUGCUGGUUUUGGACUUUUCGUUAGUGAAGAGGCUCUAAAUAUUUGGGUCGGCAUAUCCUUAGCCAGGGUUCUAACUAUUGAUGGUACAUGGAAAUCCUUCGCCGAAUCAUUUUCAAGGAAUUCCCCAUAUAUAAUAUCCACAGUUCUGUGGGUUUAUUGGGGAGUUUGUAUUAGUGAUAUGGUGCCAUUUUACAUUGGGAGGCUCUUCCGACAGUCAGGGGCAUCUGAUGAUGUUUGUUCUAAGCUAGGGAUUGGUAAAGAAAAAGCUGCAAGCGUUACUCAAGCUGUGCAACGAUAUGGAAAUCUCAUUGGUUUUGUUGAACGAUUUUCCGUUGGAGUGAGAAACCCAACAUCCUUUCUUGCAGGCUCACUGGGGAUAUCUGCUGAGUGCUUCUUCGCUGGCGUUUGUUGUGGUGGUUUGUUUACACUCCCAAUUCAGUUGGGAAUUGGAUUCUUGCUAAGAGAGAACCCUGUGGUGGCCCUUGCUAGUGUUGCAACAGUUGUGGGGAUAUGGAGUUUGUUUCCAUACGCAAUGGCAGCUUUGACAGCAUUGUUCCUUUUUCUUCGUCCGCGCCACUCUGAUUAGUGCUAUUAGGGGAUCAGUGAUAUAUAUGUAUCUGCAGGGACGGAGCUAUGUGCAUCUUAGGGGUGGCCCCCGCCCCCCUAUUUUUUGUUAAUUCAGUAUAGACUCCUUGAUGUUUUUAUUAUUUUGAAGAAUAAUCCUUUAAUAAGCCCCCCUAAAUCAUGUGUAUUGUAUGUUAGCCCCCCUUGGAAAAAAAUUCUAGCUCCGUCCCUGUGUAUUUGGCAUCAAUUGUGUAUGUAAAUUACAAUUACAGUAUAAUAUUAUUAAUAGAAGGGCUAAUACCAAAUUGGUUAACCAAUGU